AUGACGGACGUUUCAACGGAUCAGCCAGCCGACUCGACCACGUCGUCGCAAGAGCUUCUGCUCGACGGUCUUUCGCUCCCCGCUCUCUUCGACAAGGCUUACGAUGCUCACUCUAGAGCCGAUUCGGAGACAGUUCCACCGGAUGAAUUGGAGGUCGCGAUAAAGUACCUGGCGGAAUGCACCUCGCGCAUCCGGCAUCUCGCUCUCUUCUCGUCCAAUGAGGAGAUCGACGACGUCGCCACCGGAGACAUUAAAUACCUCCUGGUGCCAUGGCUGCACGCGGAUUUACUGCAGCGCGUCCCCGCAUUUCCGACCGCACCCGCGCCAUCGGCUGCCGCUGCCGCUGCAGCCGGCCCCGGUUCUUCCACCAUGCGCCCCUCCGCAUCCCCAGUGGCCAUCGCCUCUGCACGCACCGCCGCUCUCCGCUCCUCUCUCCAACACCUUGCUUCAUUUCUUGACUCCAUGGAUCGCCUGCGAGUGCCACUGGAGUCAGAGCGGUCGGACGUGGUGCGUGCACACGCCCUCGCAGCCUCUACAGCAGGCAGUGGUGGGAAUGGGAAUGGCAAUGGCAAUGGCAAUGGUUCAGAGGUGAAGGAUCUGGACGCUACCGCCAAGAGGGCGCUCAAGGUGCAGCGAUUCAAGCGCGAGCGCGAGCUGAAGGGGCGGCUGGAGGCCAUUCGGCGGCGCAAGGCGGAGCGGCAGCAGCGCGUGCGCAAGGCACGCCCGGGGGCGGGCGCACAGGCAGACGCAGGGGAGGACGCGAGUGCGGACGGUGCUGCUGUGGGGAGUGGCCUGGAGGAUGACGAUGAUGAUGACGAGGUUGAUGAGAGGGAGGCAUGGAUGCUGGCGCUGCGGCUUGCCAUUGUGAAGGCAAUGGAUCUUGUGGACUCACUCGCUCGUGAGAGACAAAUGCUGCAUGAGGCGGCUUCUGCUGAUUACAAAUUCCAGUCGGACCGCUCUGGAACAACCGCCAACCCCUUUGCACCAGAGGCACUGGACGACCGCCUGCGCAAGAGAGAGGGCUCCCACCGCGCUGCUGCUGCUGCAGCCGCCGCUGCUGCUGCAGGCGGCAGGCAGCUAGUCCCCCCGCAAGCCAUUGCCUGCGCCACUCUCGCGCAAGACGUGAUCGAAGGCCGUGUGCCCCGUGAGGAGAUAGCCAACCACCGCCACACCGCACCCAUGGUUUUCGGCCCUAUGAGCCUCAUGAGCGCGGCUGCUAAACGGGGGCCGGGGAGUGGGAGUGUGCUGGGGGGGAUUACGGGGAGUAUGUCUGGUAGUGGCUCUGCUGCUGCUCGGGACCCUCUGGCUUCGCUGCGGGUGUUUCAGCCGAGCCAUAGCGUUGCGAGGAUGAGUAUUGAGGAGGCGGGGGAGAGGGAGAUGGCGAUGAUGGCUGCUUGGAAGGAGCGGACACGGAAGGAGAUGGAGGAGCAGGGUAUGAUUGUGAGGGAGGAUGAUGGGAAGGGGCAGGGGAAGGGAGAAGAUGGGGAGGAUGAGGUGGAUGAGGAGGAGGAGGAGAGGCGGAUGGGUGGGAGGUAUUUGGAUGAUGAGGAGGAUGUGGAUAAGGCAAGGAAGUGGGAUGAUUACACUGAUGACCAUCGGCGCGGGCCCGGGGGAGCGGGCAUGAUGAUGGGCAUGGGGGGCGGCAUGGGGGGCGCCAUGGGGUACCCCGGUGGCGGCGGAAUGCCGCGCGGGGGUCCGGGCGGUGGCGGGAUGCACAUGGGCGGAGGACCGCGCGCGCUGCCGGUGGUGAAGCUGCGCGGGCUGCCGUUCAGCUGCGAGGAGGGCGACGUGGCGGAGUUCUUCGCGGGGCUCGACGUCGUCGACGUGCUCUUCCUGCGCCGCGACUCUAAAUUCUCCGGCGAGGCGCUCGUCGUCUUCGGCAACGCCAUCCAGGCUGAGCUCUCGCUGCAGCGCAACCGCAUGAGCAUGGGGCGGCGGUACGUGGAGAUCUUCCGGUGCAAGCGCGCCGAUUACUACAACGCCGUCGCCAACGAGGUCGCUCAGGACGGCGGACAGUACAAGGGGCCAGAAACCCAAGGGCAUCAAGGGGCGGGGCGCAUGGGGGGGGGAAGGCCGUACCGCGGGUAUGGGGAGGGGGGGGGCGGGGGCAUGGACGGGCAUCCGGCAGUGGAGCACACAGGCGUGCUCAAGCUGCGCGGCAUUCCCUACUCCGCCACUAAACAGGACAUAGUGGCAUUCUUCGACGGCUUCCCUCUGUCCGAGUCCAGUGUGCAUAUAGUAGUGGGGGCGGAUGGCCGCAGCACAGGCGAGGCCUUUGCGGAGUUUGCGUCGCCGGGCGAUGCAGCAGCGGCCAUGGGGCGCGACCGCUCGCGCAUGGGCACGCGCUACGUGGAGCUCUUUGCGUCGUCAAGGGAGGAGGCUGCACGGGGCGUGGCCAAGGCAAAGUGA